GCCUCUCCGGUGACAGAGGUACAACGCCGGCGUUCCUUCGCAUCGACCGACCGACAGCGCAUCUCGGCAACUUCUCUCGAAGCUAUCCGACAGCUCCUGACCCCGUGGAUUUACGAUGAUCUGCACAAGUGCAACGAUGCGUGCGUCCACGACGAGACUCCUGCCGCUGUCGCUGCUGCUGCUACUGCCGCUGGCCUUGACGGUGGCGGAGGCGCGGGGCCACGCGGAGGAGCCCUGCCGCCAGGACGCGCCCGACGCCCUUCACCUCAAGCGGAUGAACGUCCCCGAGGAGCUGCUGAGGCUCGCCAGCGUUCUGCAGGGCCGGCGGCGGCAGGGCGGCGAGGACUUCGCCCUGCCGCCCUGCCCCAGCCGCGGGGGGGUGCUGCCCCCCGGCAGCCCCCUACAGGAGCGCUCCAUCUCCCCCUGGACGUACCGGCUGAACCGCAAGGCGGACCGCGUGCCCGAGGUGCUGCCCGAGGCGGCCUGCCUGUGCGCCGGCUGCGUGGAGCCGCACUCGGGCCGCGAGACGCACAGCGUCGUCUCCGUGCCCGUCAUGGGCCACGUGCGCGUGCUGUACCGCGAGCGGGCCGCGUGCGAGCCGGGCCACGCGCGCUACGAGGAGCGCUGGGAGGAGAUCGCCGUAGGCUGCACCUGCGCCGUGUACUCGGUGGCCAAGUAGGGGCCGGACGGGGGAUGGGGUGGGUGUUGGGCGUGUGUGUCAGUGUGCGUGUGUCUCAGUGCGUGUGU